AUGGUUCAUAUAUUUGAACUGCACUCUAAAUUGAAACACCAACUUGUAGUUCCCCUUCUAAAUGCACAAAUGUACCCCGACUUUCAAAGAUGUACAACAUAUGAAUAUAUUGUGGUUUAAGUAUUGCUUUUGCAGAUAAUAAAUACUAUAAGAAUAUAUUAUAUUAAAUUUUAUUAUGCAAUCCUCUUCUGUUUGCUCUGCUAUUAAAACUCUUGGGCAUCUCAAUGUAGAUUAAUCGAAGUAUUUUGUGUCUGCACUGAGGCAAAAUGUGAAGAUUUACCCUUGUCUGUUAGUUGUGAAAAUUAUUGCCCUGCAUAUUCUAUAAUGAGCACUUUCAUUGGAACUGGAAAUUGUUGUGCAACUAAGGGAGCAUGUACUACUUAUAACAAGAAGGAAAUAUCCGCAGAUGAUUCUGAAUGUUAUUCAUUUAUUGAAGGCUGUGUCAGUAAUGGUGCUGGAUGUAUGAAGUCUAAAUUCCCUUGUGAUAUCCUUAAGACAUAAGUUCAAUAUCUCUAAAACUUUUCUCUUCGGCCAUGUAUCUGGAUUAACAAAACUUGUAGUUAAUAUUAUAAUUGA